CAGUCGCCAGCUCUGGUGUGAACAUUUUAAUUUGAGUGUGAGUCGAUCGCCGUGGCAACCGAGCGAGUGCUAGCUGGCCCACACAAAUCUGCUAGGGAGUUAAUUGCGUUGGUUAACCACUGUCCUUGCAGACUUGGUGCUGAUAAUGUCGGCUGCGUGCCGACGAAGUCAAUGCGCCAAAGUGGCGUCCUGUUUUUACAGUUGCCUGGGAUGUGCCCGCAACGUGGCUGCCGCUGCCGCUCCAGACGUCCACUCAGAUGCCCAGUCCACGACAGCGCUGCCCAAUUGCCUAACCUAUCGACAAGUGACAGGCGCCGGCUUCAUUGCCGGCUCAGCGCCAGCCAGACGUGUCCCGGUGCUCUUCUCCACGAACCGUGGCUUGUACUUGCGUGUGGCAAGGCCGGCAUCGAUGUUGGGCCCAGUUCCCACUGCGACUAGUCAGCAAUACGACAUUAGCUUUUGCGAUCUCGAGCGAUGGAGCACAAAUCGCGCCAAUGUUAUUAGCCUAGAGGACACAUUUAGCAUGCUGCAGCCGCAGUCGCAGCCGCAGCCACAGCUGCAGCUGCAGCAGCAACAGCAGCAGACGCAACCACUCAACAGCUUUGCGGUUUAUAACAUACAGCGCUGAGC